AUGUCUGCUCUCAAGGUCGGUGACAGCUUCCCCGAGGACGUCAUCUUCGGCUGGGUCCGUCCCUCGCCCGAGACCGCCGACUUCGAAGCCUGCGGCGUCCCUACCAAGUUCCCCGCCAGCUCCCAAUUCAGGAACAAGAAGGUCGUCAUCGUCUCCGUCCCCGGGGCCUUCACGCCGACCUGCUCGGCCAACCACAUCCCCGGCUUUAUCAAGAAGACGGCCGAGCUCAAGGCCAAGGGCGUCGACCAGGUCGUCGUCAUUGCCUGCAACGACGCCUGGGUCAUGUCCGCCUGGGGCAAGGCCAACAAGAUCCACGACGAGUUCAUCAUCUUCGCCUCCGAUGAGGACUGCAAGUUCAGCAAGAGCAUCGGCUGGAUGGCCGGGCCCGGCCGCACUGGCCGUUACGCCAUCGUCGUUGACCAUGGCAAGGUCACCUACGCUGAGCUGGAGCCCGCGGGCGGCGUCACCGUCUCUGGCGCGGACGAGAUUCUCCCCAAGCUCUAA